AUGGACAUCAGUUUCAGGCCACCCGAGCGCUUCGACGAAACUUCAAGCAGACACAAAUCCAUCAGCUCAGCUUCGUCCACAUCGACCGCUUCCAUCAUGUCCGUCGAUAGCCGCCAAGUCGACGAUGACGUCGACAUGAGCAUUCCAGAGCUUUCGCGCUCUUACGAAUCGACGCGCAGCUUCGACCUGCGCACACCCAUCAAACCCACCUAUGCACCACUCGGUUCCCUCGCGAAGAUGUCCAAUGCCACGACGCGCCGUCAAGAGGGCUUCGAGGUCGCUGCAGGUACAUUCUCGAGCCAAGAUUUGGAAAUCGCUGAAGAGCAUCUCAACGGUGGAGCCUACUCGAAGAGCGCUCAGGCAAGUGGUCCACGCCGGACGUCAGAAGACUCGCAAGCCGUCCUCGCCGACAGGCGCUCGCAGCUUGGGCUGAGCCUUGGCUUGGAGCUUCGUGGCUUGCCCCCGCUUGAAGGCGCGAAAGCCGAGCUCGUCGGCAGCCGCGAACCUCUCUGGAGCGAAAGUUUGCUGGAGCGACGCAACAACAAGUCAAGCGCAAAAUCUGACGGACCGCACGUGGGUGCACACAAGUUGAAGAUCAACUUGCCGUCUGCGGAGCCUUACGGAUCCAACAGACUGCCCCUUGCUUCCGGCAACUCUCUCUACCCCCAGACACCUGGUGGAUCUCUGUGCUCCACUGCUCGCGAUGGAGCGGUCUCUGGUGGGCCUCCUAUCAGCCCGUUCGAACCACCCACUCCCCUACGAGCCGUGCAGGAUGCGCGCACCAGUUACUGGUCCCCAGCAACUAACGGUGCCGGGUCUGCCGCGGAUGGUGGAAGCCAGACUGCUGCGUUCCUCCGUUCACCCAGCACCCCCACAGCAAACAUUGGCCGCAUCGGUCUCCAAAGAGUGGGAUCCAGUCCUCUGUCGCCCUUGUCUACGGAGUUUGCAACCUCCAUGAGCAUCAAACGACCCGAGCGGCGACCUUUUUCCCGCAGCGGAGGUAGCGGCGGCGCGAGCAGUACCAAUAGCAGCGAAGCAGCUUCAAUGUCCGGCUCAUCAACAAGCACCGCUUUGACGCCCCCUUUCUCGCCGAUCGCCCUGGCGCGAAGCUUGCCGGGAGAGUCUGCAGACGAAUUGAGCAAGAUGCAGCGCACUGGCACUUCUGGAUCAGCGAGCUCCACCAGCUCGUCGAAAAAGCGCCAGAGUGAUGCUGGCCACACUGUGGUUCGCUCUUUGAGCGCGACUAGAAGCAAAUUCUCCAAGCCGGCCAAGGUCGCACCGUACCCUCAACGCGAAGACCUCAACCUGCCACCGUCGCCUCUGUCUCAGCCUUCGUCUCAGAGCACAGCUGACACAUCGCUUGGGGACAGCCCCUUGAUGCUCCCAACUUCAUUGAGUGUCAGCCAGAGCCUCAAGUCUCCCGUCAGCGGGCUCAAAAUCCCAUCCUCGAGCCCAAUGACAAAGUCGGCGUCGGCCCCAAGCCCCAAGCUUACCGUCUCUGCCCGGCACUUGUCGAACCAUCAUCUGCAUGCCGACUUUGCUCGUCAAUAUGUACUGGGUGACGAGCUAGGUAGUGGUGGGUUCGGCUUCGUCGUCCGUGCCACCCGUGUCUGCGAUGGGUUUCCUGUCGCCGUCAAGUUCAUCUUCAAGGACAAGGUGCCCAACCACGGUUGGGUGCGCGACCCCAGUCUUGGCGUGAUUCCCAUGGAAGCGUUUGUUCUGAAGGUCGUCAAACACCCCGGUGUAGUCAGAUUUGUCGACCUCUUCGACGAUGAUGCCUACUUUUAUCUGAUCAUGGAGCACCACGGAACACCCUGGCAAGCUCCGGAACCGACAUCCGCCAAGACACCGAAGAACGCCAACGAAAGCACUCCUCAAGAGAAGACUCCUAAAGGAAUGCCUACUUCCUCGCCCAUGAAGACAUCCAAGUCUCAACCGUCAGCGGUAAAAGGGUCUCCCAGCUUUGCCAUCUUCCCUCCCGAAAGCAAGAUUGCUUCGCCGCUCAAGUUGGACACUGCACUGUCGGCGGAGACUGAACUCACGUCCUCGCCGAUCUCACCCGCAUCCGCAAUCUCGCCCACAAGGGCCGAGAGCUUACACCCUGCGCCCAUGGAACGCCGCUCAUCCUGCGAUCUCUUCGAGUGCAUCGAGCAACACUCGCGUUUGUCCGAAAACAAAGCUCGAUGGGUCUUUGCCCAGAUCGUCGAGGCUGUCUACCACCUCGACACCAUGGGCAUUACUCACCGAGACAUCAAGGACGAGAAUUGCGUCAUCGAUGCUGACUUCAAUGUCAAGCUCAUCGACUUUGGCUCUGCCGUCAUUGCCGAUCCGCGCAAACCACCUCCAUACUUCAAUCGCUUCUUCGGGACGAUGACCUUUGCGAGCAGCGAGAUUCUGCAAGGACAGUCGUACCGUGCUCCUCAGGCCGAAGUCUGGAGUCUUGGCGUCCUCCUCAGCAUUCUUCUGAGUGGAGAGGGUCCGUUCGCAGAUCAAGAUGCCGCUAUGCGCGGUAAAAUUACCCGUCCUAAAGGUGCAUGGAGCCACGACGCCCUGAACCUCCUUCUAGGCUGCCUGGAAGUCAACCCUGAUCGUCGCGCCACGAUUGCGCAGGUGCGCGACCACCCGUGGGUCCGCUCCGCCUGGUCGCUCCGAGGACUUCGUCGCCCCUCAUCGUAA